AUUAAUUCUUAAAAAACUUAAUAAAAAAUCCUACGCCCUCUAAAUAAGAGCUUUUAAAUUAGAAAAAGCAAAUAAACAGCUUAUUUUGUUAUGGAAGAUAAACCCGUUAUGACGCAAAACCAUUUUAUUUGUUUUCGGACUUUAUUUUACCGAUUUCACAGUAAAGUAAACAAAUAAAAAUGAACUACUACUGUAUCUGUACGUGUCAUUUUAUGAAAGGAAGAAAGGAAAAUGUUAUAACAAGGACAUGUGCAUUAUAAUGCAUUGAUUGAGGAAUCUGAUUAAUAUUUAUUUGUUUCUUUUUUUUGUAAUUUUCCCCCUCUUGUAAUUUCAUAAUGAAAGCAUUAAUUAAAUGUUUCACUGUGACUGCAAUCAUUUGCUUUUCAUUGAUUUGUUUACUUUUACUUCGAUCAUUGACGGGACUAGAUUUGAAUAUUAUAAAGUUGUUAAGCGACAGUAAAUUACCUUCGCCGAAAAUGUCGGAAGAACCUCCUAUUGUUGUUUUUGAAACUACAAUGGGUGUUAUUGAGUUUGAACUUUACUGGAAACAUGCACCAAAAACAUGUAGGAAUUUUGCAGAUUUAGCUAAAGUGGGCUACUAUAAUAAUGUGAUUUUUCAUCGAAUAAUAACUGAUUUUAUGAUUCAAGGUGGUGAUCCUACUGGCACAGGUCGAGGCGGAAGCUCUAUUUAUGGCAGGAAUUUUGAAGAUGAGAUACAUCCAGAAUUAAAGCAUUCAGGUGCUGGUAUACUUUCUAUGGCUAAUUCAGGCCCUGAUACAAAUGGAAGUCAGUUUUUUAUAACCUUAGCACCAACUCAGUGGCUUGAUGGGAAACAUACUAUUUUUGGAAGAGUUAAUAGUGGGAUGCACGUGGUGCAGAGGAUAUCUAAAGUACAAACUGAUAGUAAUGACAGACCUGUUGAUGAAGUUAAAAUAGUUAAAGCCUACAUAAAACAUUUUACAAACUAAUUUGAUUAACAAAUUUAUGUACAUAUCUUUCUUUUAUAAUAAAAUGUCUGUGGAUGAAUUUAAUUCUAUUUUUUGAUGAAACUAGAUUUAGUGAUAUCUUUAAUAAAACAUUAAUUAGUCUAGCUGAAAAACCUGGAUGUCUGACUACAAUGUUUAAAAUGGUAGUGAAAUUACGAUUAAAAUAAGCGUAAAUUUGCUACUUGAUAA